AUGUCCAACAUCAUCGCUGAGAUUGUGGCCUCGACCCGCUUAAUUUCCUCGCAGAUAGACGACCUUGUCGAACACGGGAAGAAGGAGGAGCUCGACGCUCUGCAACAAGACGUGGCUGCCAAGCGCGAACGAGUCAAAGGACUGGGAUCGCAGUACCAGCAGGAGUCCACCACGGAAAUGAAAAAGGCCGCUGAGACUGGACUACAAAUCGCCAACGUUGUCAAGGAGCUAGAGGUGCUUUGGCAAGGGCGGGGCUUCGUAGAGGCUGAAACCAUCAGACUCGCGCAAGAGCGAGACCGGCUCGAGGAUCAGCCGAUGUCGAGGCAUGUUCACCAUGCCGUCCUGCAAUGUAUUGCGGACUACAGCGAGCUAUCUAGCCGUAUCCUCGCAGACAUGGUAGACUUGAGUGCAUGCCUGCGGGAGCUCAGUGCGGGAGUAUGGCAGUCGACGCAUGAAAUCAAUGCCCUGCAACGACUGCUCAGGGAGGCGACGGAGGCGUUCAAUGUUAUCGAGGCAGUUAACCGUGAGUUGCAAAACGCAUUGGCAGAGGUUGAAGAGCAGCACUUGUCCGAGUGCUCCUCGGAGUCAUCUUGA